AAGAGGUUUACUUGCAUUUCUUUUCCUGCGAAACUUCUGCGAGAAGCUUUACUGUGUGCUUCCUGUGCGUGAACUGCAGCGUCAACUGGGGAACUCUACAUCAAGUCUUUCGAAACCAAAAUCAGGUAAUGUAGACGAAACUAUGAUUUUUGAGUUAAUCGAAGUGUCUUUCUCCUUUCUCCCUUUCUGUGAUUGAUUCAAAGUCCUCUGAAGGAAGUUAGGGUUAGAGAUGAGAGGGAUUUUGAAUGUGCAAUGGAGGUUUUUUAUUCUCUUUUUUUUUUUAAAAAAAAAAAAGGGUCCUGACUUCAUUCCUCCCCCCUACUUCGUGCAGAGUUUGAGAAAAUGUCCUCAGAAGGAACAGAGAGUGUGAUUGGGAGUGAGGUGAUGCCUUUAGAUUAUGGGAGAAUGGGCUCAGAGAGUAGUCCAUCCCCAUCUAGUUCGAAGAAGACGGUGGAGGGGGUGAGAGGGGAUGAGGUGGUGGAGGUUAGGAGGAACGAGGUGGUAGGGGUUGAGGGAGAUAGCAUACCCAUCACCGUAGUAGAAGUAGAAGAAACGUACGAGAUCUCUUCUUGCGUGUUAGUUAGGCCAGUUGGGGUAGAGGAGAGGGCGUGCUCUGCUCCUCGGGAUCACUGGAUGCCUGUGUAUUCCCACUAUUUGAUAGCGGGACUCAGGUUUCCACUUCCUGAGUUGCUAAUAGGAGGAAGUAUGAGGGAUAAGGGGUGGUAUUAUUUCACCCCUAGGGUAGCUAAGAAGGAGAGUAGGAUUUUAUUCACUGCGGGUCCUUCAUCCAUUAAGGGAUGGAAGGAAAAAUUCUUUUUUGUGGAUGACACGGAGUGGGGGAAAGGGGAUGCCGAGGUGAGGGCGUUAGCCUCCUGGAAGGCCAAAAGGGCCAACCAGAAUAAGUUUAGCUUAAAUGAGGAUGAGGAGGAAGAAGUGAGGAAGUUGGUGAGGAAGGGGGGAGAUGUGUUGAAUAUCAUGGACCUCACCAGCGCAGCAUGCAUAGAGGCUGUUGAGCUCUAUGGGCCAAGCGCUCUGAGUGAAGCUGAAAUGGAUCAAUUUUUGAACACUGCUGAAGGAAAGGCUAUCCCCAAGAAGCUAAGGAAGAAGUCAAAUACUUCAACCAAACAAGUGGAUGAGGGGAGGUCCAGGAAGGAGGCAGUGCCUGCGGCGUCAGCUGAGACGGAGGAGGAGGUGCCAGCGUUGAAGAGGAAGGGCAGGGAGGAGAGGAGGGCAUUGCAGAAGAAGCAGAAGGUGGUGGAGGAGGAGAGGGGGAAUGAGGUCCCUGUGUUCGUACCUCAGCCUCCUCCUGUUGAGCUAAACCCUGAGCUCAGACAGUUGGAGGAGGGGGCUGACGUACGAGCUCCUGGUAAGGGAAAGGGCCCUAUUCCCCCGUUGGGGCCUCAAAGCAGCCUGUUCGAGGCGAAUAACAUGACGGGGGCUAGGUGGUUCAUCAACAACACCUUCCUCGAAGUGGACCAAAGCAACGCGCGGGAGGAAGCUCUGAGGUAUGGUGGAGCAUCCGUGGUGAAGCACGUUCUAGAGAGGCAGCGAGACCAGCUGCAGAAGGAGAAGGAAGAGUUGGAGAAGAAAAAUAAGGAGCUGCAAGAGUCUCUGAACGAGGUGGUUCCAACUGUGAAGCAGUUGGAACAGGAGAGGUCUUCCCUGAGCACCAAGCUCGUCUUUGAGGAGAGCAAACGAAGGAUCUCUGAAAGCGAGCGUGAGGCUCAGGCGCAAGAAAUAAGGCUGAUGACGGAGGCAUUCAAGGAGCUGAAAGGGAACAUGCAGAAGUUGGUGCAUAAUGGAAUGAAGGAGCACAUCAGUAACUUCAUCAGUUCCAGCUUGUUUGACAGCAUCGAAGGAGGAGUGGAGGAAGAUGGUGAGAGCAUGUCAGUAGACUUUCGUCCUCAGAUCGAACUGAGGUGGGAGGAUGAUGCAGACGGUCUUGUUGUUUUUCCUCCACAAUUCGACUUCGAGUUCGUUGCAGUGGAGGAAGAAGGGGCAGAGGUAGAGGAAGACGGGGUGGAGGCAGGAGUGGAGGGAGCUGAGGUGGAUGAGAGCCAACCAGUUCCAGAAGUGGAGAUUCAUCCAGUUCCUUCCGACGAUGAGGAGCCUCCUUUGCCAGACGAGCAGCAGCCAACACAGCCACUUCCUCCAGCUGAGCAGGAGCCAAUGGAGCCACCUCUCCCAUCAGAGAAAUAAUUUUAUUUUUUUAAGUUUUUGUAAAGACAUUCGAUCAGCUUGUAACACUUAUAUUAUUGUGAAUGAAAGUUUAGUUUUGAAAUAACUUGUUUAUUUGUGUUUGCCUUUUUGUUAUUAUAUAUUGAUAGAAGAACUGAGACGAUUUUAAGAAGGAAAGUUAAUAAAAAGAAGUUAAUCAC